AUGUGGGGGCCACAGGCCGGCGGGUUCUCAGAUCCUCAGGCUGUCACAGCCGAGAUCCAGGCCAUCGCGGACCAGGUGAAGUCCCAGCUGGAGGAGAAGGAGAACAAGAAGUUCCCGGUGUUCAAGGCUGUGGAAUUCAGGAGCCAGGUGGUCGCCGGGAUGAACUACUUGAUCAAGGUUCAAGUGGACGAGGAUGACUUUGUGCACAUCCGAGUGUUUGAAAGCCUCCCGCACGAGAACAAGCCCGUGGCCUUGACCAGCUACCAGACCAACAAAGGCAGGCAUGACGAGCUGACCGUCUUCUAG